UUAUUGUCCGCCAUUGUUAAGUGCUAUCAAAGCUUAAGAAAAUGAAUAUUCUUCAAUUUCAACUUCUCUCCUUACAUCAACUCACACUUUAAUGCUUAAACUUUUCGAUCGAUGGUAUUAGUAAUAAAUUAUCUGUUUUGGUAUUAAUUAGGGGCAAAUACCAAAUCAAUUUUGGUAUUAAUUAUGGGAAUUGCGAUUACCUUCCUUAAUCAUAGCAGUUCUUUUGGUUUUAAAUCUUCGUUCGGUUUCUUCUUCUUACCAGGUAAGUUAACCUACUCAUACUUAUAAACUUAAUAAUUAUCUGUUUAUUUCCAUACUUGUGCAUUGCGAUUUGCUUAUAAUCUUGGACAUGUCUAUUUGGAAUUCGGAUACUGCCAUUUUCUGUAACAAUGUGAUCAAAGUAUCAGAGGUGUAAUGUUUUAUUCAUUUGCAUGAUUAACCAUAGAAUUAUAGAAAAAUGUGGAUACUUUUUCUUAUAUUGAUCAUAAUAUGUAAUACUUGAAUUCAGAGAAAUCUUGACCCGUGGCCAUGGGCGGAUCAUUAAAGAUCUUAUCAAAUUUGAAUCCUCUAACAUAUUAGAUGUUUGUGAAAAGUGGCACUACAUUUCACUUUCUUUUUUUCAUAUUGUGUUUGUUGAAAGGUCUUGUGAUGAUUAAGCAGGAAAUAUAGCAGGACCGAAAUAAUGGGAAUGUAGCACUUGAUUCAUACCAUCAUUAUAAGGAAUACAAUGACCUUCCUAAGUCAUUGCAAGAUGAAUAUGGCGGUUUUCUUAGCCUUCACAUAGUGAACAUGAUGCCAACUUGUUGCUUGAAGAAGCUUUAGCUGACAACAUGAGGAUAAACAACUAUCAUAUUAUCCUAGUGUUUGUACAACAAGGUAUCAGGUAAGUAAUUGCUUCUUGGAUAGGUUAUUUUCUGUUUCUAACAAUUUCUGGUCUCAAAAUUUUGGGUUGUUUGGUUUUUCUAGUUAUUUUCACGAGAAAGACCAUAAUUGACCAUAUGUCUCAUUGUAUGGUUAUCUACCAAUCAAAAUGAUCAACCAAGUUUACGAGCUCCACUUUAUCGCUUUCAGUUAUUUUCAUGAGAAAGACAUCAUUUGAAUACGUGUCUACACACACAUUAUUGGAUUUAUAAUGCCUUUAUUGUACUUGCAUGGUUAUUGAAGUAAAAAAAAAGUAUCACUUUGCUGAGGAUUGACGUACUUUUACUUUGGUAUCAUAUGGUUAACUAAUAAUGUUUGGGUGCCCUAACUUCUUUCAUGACACUGCCCUAAAGUUUUAGUGUUUCAAUUGACUCUUCCCUUAAAAUCAAACAAAUUUUAUACGUAAAGGCACGGAAAUGAAAUUAGUUUAUCCAUAGGGCACAUAAGUGGAAAAAUGUAUACCCUCCCUUUAAAGCAUCAAAGAGGAAAUAAUGCACAAAAGCUGUUAUUCAAAGUAAAUUAAGGUAGUGGUUACACAUUAGAGCUUAAUCUAGUAAACUAGUUGUGUUAAUCUGAGAUAGAAACAUUCCACUAGAAUAAAAGUGUUCAUUAGUCCUAUUUUAGCAAAACAAAAGCUUGAUAAAGGGGGUGACAAGGAAGUUUUGAUGUUAAUGUAUUGAGAAUGCUCAAUGAGUUCUUUACUUGAGGAAAUGGGUUACAAGGAAGUUUAGUAAUCAUUGCUUUGAGAAAGCCGAACAAGUACUUUACUUUCAGGGUGAAAUAGAUCAAAUUUAUUCUACUUGUAUCAAAAUGUCUUCGUGAAAGACUUCUUGACAUCUUGUGCAAUCCACACCAGCCUUAGAAUGAGCUUAAGCGAUGAGUCUUAUUUGGAAUUAAUAUCCCCCUUAAACUAGCUUGUAAACUAAACUAGACUUAGAAUGAUCUUGUUACCUUACAAAAUGAGAGGGUGAAGGUAGAAUGUAGAAUGUUUUGUUGAAGUUAUUAUGUUGACAAAUUAGGUUUGUCAAAAUAAGGCUAAGGGGUGUGAGCUUUGUGCCCGUGUUUAAGAAAAACCUUAUAUCUCUUGGUAGGCUUUGAAGAGAAAGGUUGUUCUUUCAAGGAUAAUGGAGGGCUUUAAAGAUCAUAAAGGGAGCAUGUUGAUGAUGAAAGGAAGAACGACUAAGAGCAACUUAUAUGUGCCACAAGCUGAUGGUGCCAUGGUGGUAGUCUAGGCCACAAAUUUGAUGAAUGAAAAUAUGGGUCAUCAAGAAGAGUGACAUUUCAUGAUGAUGAGAAAUUUGUUCUUGAAGGGGAGAUUGUUGUUUCAAGACCCAACUCCUCCAUAGAGGAUGCUUAUGCAUUGAUGAGUGAAGAUUGAAGUCCCAAACAAUGAAAGCUUAGAGAAGUUGAAAAUGGAAAAAAAAGAGUCAAAGUGAAAGUUGGUUGAGUUGGCAUGUUCAAGGGAUAAUUGAGCAUGAAGGUUUGGUUGAUUUUCCUGUGAAAAACCGAAGUGAUACAACGCGUUGCAUAUAAGAGAAUGGUGCAAAGAGGUGAGAAAAUACACAGGGACGGGUGGUCGGGCAAGUCACAAAGGUGCUCGAACGAGUCGCAUGUGCAACAACUCAUUGAAGGCAAUGAAAACUGUUGCUCGGACGAGUAUUGCUCAUGCUCAAAUGAUUAAAAGCUUUCAGGUUUUUGUUUUUGCGUUUUUCAUGCGUGUAAGACUUUAGAGACUCCUAGGAUUGAUUCCCUUUGACUCCUUAGGUCUAGAAAGUUUGAUAAAGGGGUAGCAAGCUAAGGAAGUUCAUAUGUCAAUACUUGAGAAAGCUAAACGAGUACUUUUGAUUACUAUUUAUGGUGAGUUGUCAUUGCCUUGAGAAAGUUGAACGAGUACUUAACUUUUUGGGAGAAAUAAAUGAAUUUGCUUCUGCUUGUAGAAAGUACAAAAAAUGUCAUCACUUGAUCUCCGUGGAAAAGCUUUUGUGCAUCAUGUGCAAUCGAAACUAGUCUUAGCAAAGACUUUAAUACGGAAUAGAUUUCCCCGUCAAAGUAGGUUAUGAAGGAUUCAGAUUUAUAGGUUUAGAUGGUAGAAAAUCAAAAUGAAUGGAGAAAGAGAAUUCAUGUAGGUGACUAUUGCAAAUGAUCAAUUGGUUUAUGUAUCCGACUCCAAAUCUUCUUGUUGUUGUUCCCCUCAAACUAAUUUGUAAACCAGAGUAUCUUUGUGAUAGAGCUUUACUUUUAUAUUAUUUGAUUAUUUUUAUUUUUAUUUCCUUUUUAUUAUAGUUUUUAUUAGCUAAAUAUUACUAACUUUUACUUUUAUUUAAUAUUAUUAUUGGUAUUAUUAUUAUUAUUAUUAUUAUUAUUAUUAUUAUUAUUAUUAUUAUUAUUAUUGUAAUUAUUAGCUUUAUUAUUAUUAUUAUUAGUAUUAAAAUCAAGAAAGAGGAAAACAAUUGAAGCAGGAAACAAUGCAGCAGCAACUCGCGGCUCGCGAGUAAAGUCACGGCCCCCGACCGAGUGCCUCAGCUUUUUAAAACUUGCCGCUUUCACAUUUUACUUUGAAGUUGAUUGGAUGCAAAAGGCAGCAAAGUUGACGAAGAAGAUGGCUCGAAUCAGAAGAUGGCCAAUGUUGGCUAAGGUUAUCAUCUUGAGGAAAGUUAUUAUCCUCUUUUGCCAUCAAAUUCAAGAAUGGAGUAAAUUGAAAGGAUAUUAUGCUAGCUCAUUGUAGGACAACUUUGAGUGGGUUUCUGGCUAUACAGAUCGCUUCAGUAUCUCUAUGUCGGCUACAAAGACGGACUGAAAUGAUACGCAAAGUAUUCGGCUAAAUGGUAUAAGAACUUCCUUCAUAAGUAAAUAGUACCCAUACAUCCUAUAAUACUAUUGCAUUUCAGCUUCAUUCAUUUCCAUGAGGCUCUAAACUUCAUCGGUUAUUGCUCUUUAGUUUCAUAUCAUAAUGAACUAUACUAAAAUAGCUAGUUAAAUGAUUUUCGCGUCUUAAUAUUUGCAAUUAAAAGUCAAUCUAAUACACCACGUCUCAGGUGGGUGCCAUUUGGCAUUGGAAUAAUGACAUCUUGUUAUUAUUUGGAAUUCAGCCAAAACACGAGAUGCCUUCUUUCAAGGCAAUUUAUUAGUUAAUCUUAAACACCAACAAGGUCGAGAAAACGACAUUUACCCUAAAAUAUUUUUUGCCAAAUCUUCUAUGACAUGGUGUAACUUGAUUUGUUUCGUGCAAAAUAUUUUGUCUGACUAAAAUGUUAAUUUGUCACAAGAUUGCACUAAUGGCGGAUCUUCCAUGGUGUUUGACCAUGUCCCUACAAUGUCCGAGUACAGUGUGGAAAAGGAUUCAGUUUUCAAUAAAAAAAUUUCCCUUCAAGUUGGUUGUUAUCUGAUCCUUUCCUUAAUUUAUUUGUCACCAACCUUUUCUGAUGGCAAAGGUUAGUGAGUAGCCAUCAUAGUGUCUAAAAUAGGCUAUUCCAACUAUGCCAGGGAUCUCAAGUGGAGUACCUUUUGUGGUUACAUUAGGGAAUUGUCUACUUUUGGUAAUAGUUCAGUAGCUGCUGUUUCUGUCCUCUUUAACACUUUCUGGCGCUUGUGUAGUGCUUACCAUUAGACGUAUUAAAACGAUUGGUUUUGGGUUAAUUGAGUUCGAGAGUUUAUAAUUUCAUAAUUUUAUUUCUUAAUGUGAAAUAUAGACCCUAAUUUUAUGAAUUGAUGGAAAAAUAAUUGAUUCUAAUUCGAAAAUAUUGAAGUAAAAGUUCAUGAAAUAGGUCGAAUUGAUGAACGAAUGAAAAUGAGGUCAUUUUGUUACACAACAUUGCUUUAUAACGUAUUUUGAGCAUGGUGUAAAAAUUCGAUAAUGGUUGCGAUCACGGUAGCGGAACGCUGAUGCGGUAACGGAAGUGUUGCGGUUAUCAUAUCGCCUAAAUAUCGGUUGAAACCAUAAGAUAUCUCUUGAUGCGGCCCAAAAUGCGGUUUUUUUACACCUUUACAAGACAGAAAAUAUCGGUCGUUUUUUUUGAAAACCUUUAUAGCGAGGCUGAUGCGAUGCGGCCUUGGUUUUACUCUAUGAUUUUGAGCUAAUGAAACCGCAAAACCCCAUUACAUAACCUGUGAUUUUAAAUCAUGGAGUCAUGAACAUUAUAAGAUGUUCGUUUAUUCCGGUUAACAAUUGAUAUUGCGAUGUCAACAAAACAGAUAGUAAUACUGCAAUGUGUGAGGUCCGCAACAUUCAUCUGCCAUUAUUUUUUUCCCUGUGUUUGUUAGAACUGAUUUGUCAGAUCUUCCAAUAUUUGACGGAUCUAGUUAUUAAAUAAAAAUGUCCCAAUAAAAUCUUAAAGGGUAAGGUUACACUUGAUGUAAGACAAAAUAUAUAUUUAUGUGCUAAUACAAUUGGAGUUUUGUCACAUUACAUGUGUCGUUUCGUUAUUGGUUUUCAGUUUUUACUGUAUACUACGUUCAUAUUAUAAUAAACUAUGUGUUUUACCAUGUGAGUAUUUUCAUUUAAUAUACAAAUAAAUGUUGAAAUUUGAUGCUCUUAUAUUUUAGUGGGUGAUAAGACAUGCUUCAUCAUUGUAACCUAAUUAUAUUGAUACAAUAUACAAAGUAAUCUUUUGAUUACUGUUAUUAAUGAGUUAUUGCCGUGGAAUCUUUUGUUUAAAAAUAAUUACUUCUAUUUGACAACAAUAUGUGUGCCCUUGAAUAUUUUUAAUAAAGGGAGGUUUAGAAAUUUACAAGUUUGACAUAUUUUAUAUGUACACGGCCACGGCUAUCGGAAACGAGUGUGGACUAAUUCUCCGGCAUUUUUAUUAAAAGUACACGAAAUUGAUUGUUGUCAGGAAACUAGGUCUUUCGAGCAGAUAGCAUAUUAUAUUUAGUCUAUUAUCUGCAAGAAGUUGAUGGGGGUGAUGAACUGGUGGUUAGGGUCAUGUGGACAUUUUUAAAUAAAAACUUCUUAUGUCUUUUUUUGGUUUGUAUUGAAAAUUGUAACAAGAAAAUAUGGAGUGUGUAAACUAAAUCUGAGCAAGUAAAAAUAAAACUAAUGUAGAAUACUUAUUUUAUUCUUGUUAGUGUCAAAGAUUUAUAGUUUGAAUUUGGAUUAUAAAUAGACGAGAGUAAAAUGACUUGUUAAUUAUGUGACUGUAAGGUUUUAAAUAAUGUUUGCUGUUCAAGAUCAAUACACACGAAACACUUGAGAGUGUAGUGCAAACUUUAGGUAACGGGCACAAUUGCCGUGACGACACAGUGAUGUAAUGAGAGUGAUACGGUUAUCGUACCGCCAAAUAUGAAUGAGACUAGUAGUUCUGAUAGGUUUGGUGAAUUUAAAAACCUAUGCAACGCAGCUAAUACGGUACGACACGACUUUGUUUUUGCACUAUCUUUUUGAGGGUCAAAUUACAGAAAGAAAUAGAAAACAAAAUGCAAAAGAGCCCCUUACCAGAGAAAUAAGGCAAAAUUUUACUUAAAAAGUUGUGAUAAAGAUGUAAGUAAGCAUUUUAAAUGCUUGCACCCUUGAGACUAGUGGUUGUGGUAAUUUGUUCUUUUCCCUGGCCUGGCUAUUUUCUACUUUUACUGCAAAUACAUGUAUAAAAGGACAGCACAUCAACAAAAGAAAAUGAUACAUAGUUGUAGACAAGAGAGGUAACCAUGGGCAUAGAAGUUCAAACCCAUGUUUUCUUACUUCUGUUACUAUCACUUCUUUUCAUACUUGGAAACACAAAUGUUGCUAUGGGUGUUAAUGUCAUUCAAGCCAAUUAUGGGAUUGGUGCGCUUAAUAGAAGCAGUUUUCCUGGAGGUUUUGUCUUUGGGACAGCUUCAUCAUCCUAUCAGUAUGAAGGUGCAGCUCGUAUAGAUGGUAGAGGCCCGAGUAUAUGGGAUACUUUCACUCAUAAAUAUCCAGAUAAGAUCAAAGAUCAAAGUAAUGGAGAUGUGGCAAUAGACGCAUACCAUCGCUAUAAGGAGGAUGUAAAGCUCAUGAAACAAAUGGGAGUAGAUGCUUACAGAUUCUCAAUUUCAUGGCCGAGAAUAUUGCCAUAUGGAAAACUAAGCAAAGGUGUGAACCCAAAAGGACUAGCAUACUAUCAUAACCUUAUUGAUGAACUUAUAGAGAAUGGUAUAAAACCUUUUGUGACUCUCUUUCACUGGGAUCUCCCUCAAGCAUUAGAAGAUGAGUAUGGUGGUUUCCUCAGUCCGCAUGUUGUGGAUGAUUUCAGGGAUUAUUCAAAUAUUUGCUUCAAGGAAUUUGGUGGCAAAGUAAAGCAUUGGAUUACAUUGAAUGAACCAUGGACCUAUAGUUAUGGUGGAUACGCUAAUGGAAUGUUCGCUCCCGGGAGAUGUUCAAAGUUUCAGCAGCUUAACUGUACUGGUGGAGAUUCAGGCACUGAGCCUUACUUGGUUGCUCACAAUCAGAUUCUUGCUCAUGCAGCUGCAGUUGACUUGUAUAGGCGUGAAUACCAGGCAUCUCAAAAGGGAGUAAUAGGUGUCACUCUAGUAUCGCACUGGUUUGUUCCAAUCUCAGAAGUGCAGCGUCAUCAGUUUGCAGCUGAAAGAGCUCUUGAUUUCAUGUUUGGAUGGUUUAUGGAUCCAAUAACAAAAGGUGAAUAUCCUCGUAGCAUGAGAUCGCUUGUAAAAAACCGGUUACCUGCAUUUACUGAGAAGCAGCUGAAGAUGGUGAAGGGAUCUUUUGAUUUCCUAGGAUUGAACUAUUACACCGCUUAUUAUGCAAGUUAUUCCUCUGGUUUGAAAAUGGCAAAACCCAAUUACCUCACUGAUGCUCUUGUAAUCCAAACAGUCGAGAAAAAUGGAAUUCUAAUCGGUCCAGAGGCGGGUUCAGAUUGGCUGCAUGUUUAUCCAAGAGGAAUUCGGGACCUUUUGCUUUAUGUGAAGAGAAAAUAUAACAACCCUUUGAUUUAUAUAACAGAAAACGGUAUUGAUGAGAUUAACGAUGAGAAAUUAUCACUCGCGGAAGCACUUAAGGAUCCAAUGAGGGUGCAAUACUACCACGACCAUCUAGCUUUCUUAAAUCUAGCAAUCAAGGAAGGUGCUAAUGUGAAGGGAUAUUUUGCAUGGUCAUUGUUGGAUAACUUUGAAUGGGCCUCCGGUUACACGGUCCGAUUCGGGAUACACUAUGUUGAUUACAAAAAUGGGUUAAAGAGAUACCCUAAACUUUCAGCUCAUUGGUUUAAGAAAUUUCUACAGAAGAUCAAAUAUUGAUGUGCUUCAAACAAUAAAAUGAGGAAUUAGGAAGUUGUGUGUAAGAUAAUAAAUCCAGUAUGCAACCUACUUUUUUUCAUGUCUCUGGCCUGAAUGUAUAUGUAUUAUUUGUCUCCUAAAACCAUAAACACAAGUAUAAGCUUAUUAUUGCAAAUGUAAUAGAAUUAAUGGAAGCACUUGAGAAAAAAAAAGGAUAAUUGUAAGUGUUACUAUUGACAUUUGUUUGGCAUUAAUAUAAAGAGGGAAAUAGUUGUACAAUAAUUUUAGCUAUUACAAUAUUCUUUCUCGAGGCGAGGGACUCUUUGGUGUACACUCUUUUAUGAGUAUGAGUUGUCGCCUUAUUCUCUCCUCAGACUUUGAUCAUAAUUUUUAUGAGCGGAAUACACUGACUAUGAUGAUAAUGAUGAUACUAUUUGUCAUCAGUCACAACAAAAUUGUUAGUUCAUUAUUUUGUUGUUCAUCUUGUUUGUUUAAACCACUUUAAUAUGUUUUUCUUUCUCUUUUUAAAGUUUUUUUUAAUUAAAUUACGAGCCAAUGAUUAUGACAUAGUAAUACAUAGCUUUUUUUUUAUUGGGCAUCCACCAAAUCAGA